AUACAAAAUACUUCUCUGUAUUCUCCUCACUUCACUUCUCUGCAUCAAAUUAUCAACCCCAUUUGCCAAAAUAUCUCAAGAAAUCAUCAAAAAACCCGAAUUUUGAGGAAAAAGGAAAAUGGGAUUCAACAACUACUCAGAUUCAACUGGAUCCCAUCACCGCACUCACAAAAUCUUCCUCUUUGUUAACUACAUUCUUCUUGGUGCAGCUUCUAGCUGCAUUUUCUUGACUCUUUCGCUCCGAUUAAUUCCUUCCCUUUGUGGAUUCUUCUUCAUUCUCCUCCAUAUUCUAACUAUUGGUGGCGCAGUCUUUGGCUGCGCCACCGUGUCAGCUACCUCAGGUGCUGGAAAAUCAUAUGGAGCUCACAUGGUAUCUACUGUUCUAACUGCAAUAUUUCAAGGCUCUGUUUUCGUGUUGAUUUUCACGAAAACGGGGGAUUUUCUUGGGAAUUUGAAGUCUUAUGUGAGGGAAGAAGAUGCCGCGGUGAUUUUGAGAUUGGCUGGUGGAUUAUGUGCACUCAUCUUUUGCCUUGAAUGGGUAGUUCUCACUCUUGCAUUUUUCUUGAAAUACUAUGCUUAUGUUGAGGGCAAUGGAAAUGUUGCAAUGAAGAGUAGUUCUAAGGUUCAAGAUGAGGAAAACAUCAAGCAUUGGCAGCCUUUUCAAGUCUAAGUAAAAAAUGGUUAUUUUUGCAAAUGUCAACUACUAGUAGUAUUUGUUAAUUCAUUAAUUUAUUUGAUUUGUUGUUGUAAUUUAAUAGGACUUCCCUUUGCAUUGUCAUGGAAGGUUCAUUAUAUAAAGAUAUAUAUAUAUAUAUGUACUUAUGAAGAAAUUGAAGAUUAUGGAACAUUUGGUACUAGUUUUAUGAGCUGA